AGAGAGCAGGGCGCUGCUUACUCCCGGAGGGUUAAAAUAAUUUUAAGAAAAGUUUUCCCCUGUUUUCCAAUUUUUUGAGGAACCUAGAUACUGGGUUUAAAAGCUGCUAUACUUCUGCUCAAAGAUGAAGUAUAUUCUGGUUACCGGUGGCGUUAUUAGUGGGAUCGGAAAAGGUGUUAUCUCUAGCAGCAUCGGAGCUCUAUUAAAAGGAUGUGGACUGCACGUUACUUCAAUUAAAAUCGAUCCUUACCUGAACAUCGACGCUGGGACAUUCUCUCCUUACGAGCAUGGGGAAGUGUUUGUUUUGGAUGAUGGAGGUGAAGUAGAUUUAGACCUUGGGAACUAUGAAAGGUUCCUUGAUGUAACUCUUCACCGGAGCAACAACAUAACAACUGGUAAAAUUUAUCAGAGUGUGAUUGAUAAAGAGAGACGAGGGGAUUACCUGGGUAAAACUGUUCAAGUGGUCCCUCAUAUCACUGAUGCUAUUCAAGACUGGGUAACAAAGGUGUCCGCUGAACCUGUUGAGAAGGAUAUCAAGGCUGAUGUUUGUCUUAUUGAGCUUGGAGGGACAAUUGGUGACAUCGAGGGUAUGCCUUAUAUUGAAGCUUUCCGUCAGUUCCAGUUUAGAGUUGGAAGAGACAAUUUUUGUGUGGUCCAUGUCAGUUUGGUGCCUGAGCCUGAUUCUACAGGUGAGCAGAAGACAAAGCCUACACAAAACAGUGUGCGAGAACUGCGUGGUUUAGGCCUGAGUCCUGAUCUGAUUAUGUGUAGAUGCAAGAAUACAGUGACAAACUCUGUCAAGCAGAAGGUGUCUUUGUUCUGCCAUGUCCCUCCAGAGCAGGUGAUAGAUGUCCACGACUGCAAAUCCAUUUACAGGGUUCCCGUGUUGUUAUCGAACCAAGGAAUUGUUUCAUUUUUUUCCAAAAGGCUUCAAUUGGAAAUCAAGUCACGUAAACCAAGACAUUUUUUGGUGCAAUGGAGAGAAUUAGCAGAGAGAGACGAGCGACUCCUGGAUGAAGUUAAGAUUGCUCUUGUUGGAAAGUACACAAAGCUAGAAGAUGCAUAUAUUUCUGUUCUAAAAGCUCUGAAACAUGCAUCCCUCCAUUGUAACAGGCGUCUUCAAGUUGUGUGGGUAGAGUCUGAAAAUCUUGAGAAGGAGGUUCAAGAGAGAGAUCCAGUGAAAUACCAUGAAGCUUGGCAAAGGUUGUGUGGAUGCGACGGUAUAUUGGUACCAGGAGGAUUUGGAAAAAGAGGCACAGAGGGGAAAAUAGCAGCAGCUGAAUGGGCAAGAAAGAUGAAGAAACCUUACCUGGGUGUUUGCUAUGGACUGCAAUUAGCUGUCAUUGAAUUUGCCAGAAACAUUCUAGGAUUGAAAGAUGCAAACUCCACAGAAAAUGAACCAGAUACCAAAAAUCCAGUGGUUAUUGAAAUGCCUGAGCACAACCCAGGUCAGCUUGGAGGGACCAUGAGGCUUGGAAGACGACGGACAGUGUUUUCAAAGGUGCAUGAGAGUAUAACAAGAAAGCUUUACAAGAAUGCAGAGUUUGUAGAAGAGAGACAUAGGCACAGAUAUGAGGUCAAUCCAGAAUAUGUAAGUCAAUUUGAGGAAAAGGGAAUGAAAUUUGUUGGCCGAGAUGUGGAAGGUGAACGAAUGGAAAUCAUGGAGAUCAAAGACCAUCCCUAUUUUGUUGGAGUCCAGUAUCACCCAGAAUACAUAAGUCGACCAAUCAGACCAUCCCCUCCCUACUUGGGAUUGAUUUUGGCAGCCAUAGGAAAACUCACCCCAUAUAUUGCCAGAGGAUGCCGCUUGUCACCGAGAUGCAGCAUCAGUGAAGAUGAGGAUGAGGAUGAGGAAUUGGCAAACAUGGCAGCAGAAAAACUCCCAGAUUUCAAUGUUUAGGUGAAGAGAAGAAAAUUCCUUAAGUGUUACUCUUUUUAUCAUUGGAAACUGAUGUCUUUGUACUAAAGCUAUUAGGCUUUACAAUGGUGCAGAUUUAUGUCCUUAAUACAAUGUACAUGUGGUAGGAAAAAUAAGGAUAUCCCAUACUGAUAGCAUCAUCAGUAUCAUAAUGCGUAUUGUAUCUAAAGUUUAAGUUGAACAGUGUACAAUAUUUUAUAACAACAACUCUCUAAAGCUCUGUGUUGUGAUUUAAUUUUAUCCUUGGUUCCAUUUUUACUUGCUUGUUAAAAUACUCAAAUGAUAAAAAUUAUCGUAGCGUAAAAGGAGAGAAAACAAAGAAUGCUGUUAUUACACCAAGGAUGAAGGUUAACCACAUCACAAACAGUGUUGCUAUAUUUCCUCUGACUUUUGGGAUCAUGUAUCUACAUACACAAGGUCCUUCAUACUUACCAGUAUUUUUAAUUACAAUGUGUGUGAUAUUUAAUGAACUUUGUAUUGCCUCAGUGUUCAUUACAAAAGUUGUCUUGAAAAACUUAAAUCUGGUCUACUAACUUGUUUAUAGAAAUGGUUUGAUGCUACUCUGGUUUAAAGAUUUAAUGAAUGUUACCAAGAAGUUACAAUUCAUAGACCCAAUGUUUCAACACUCCUGUCUAGUGCCUUCAUCAGGGAUGAUCUAGAUGCUGCAACAAGAGGUCCUUUUAUACGCUCACUAAUUAGCUGCCCUUUUUUCUGAUGAGGUGUAAAUAGGUGUCAGGAAGUAAGCCACCAUCAUCAUGACAUGAAUUGUGAUGAUGGCACUAGACAGUAGUGUUGAAAUGUUGGGUCUAUAAAUUGUAACUUCUCAGUUACAUUCAUCAAAUCUUUAAACCAGAGUAGCAUAAAACCAUGUCUGAUUGUCCACCUGGUUGCUAUGUGAACUUUCAUAUAUAUAUUUUUUAUAAUUGAUAUAUCUUUCACCUUUAGACUAUCUGACUAUUAUCUCUCAAUUUCCUUUUCUGGUCACACAAGACUUAGAUAGGACAGGAUAAAUUUCCUUUUUCAAAAAGUUAGUUUUCUUGGUCUUGCUUGUGAUCAAAUGAAAAUGGAAAUGAAUUUGAACUAUUUUACAAAAAUGAUCUUGUACUUAGAUAAAAUAUUUUGCCAUCUCAGAUUAUCCUAUACCUUUUAAGAAUAGAGGCAAUGAUAAAAAAUUUAAACUGCAAAGAAUCUUUUAAAGUUUAGUUUAAAAAUAAAGUAACUCCAUUUAUUCUUGUGUAACAGUAAUGCCAAGAGGACCACAAGUUGUGAAAGGAAAUCUCUUGCAGUAGAAUAAGUUGCUGUUAAAACAAUGAAAAUGUCUUGUUUUUAGAUUUGAAAAAUUUCUUUAAAAUUUGGGAAAGAAAAACUGAAAACAAAUACAAGUAAUUUAAUGCUUCAAUUUCUUGAAAGGCACUACUUUGGCUUGUAUGAUGUUCUACAGUUGCCACUACUAUCAUCAGAUAAUAGCUCUUUUUUUUGUAAGAGUCCACAAGGGAUCAUGCAAAUAUAAAAGGGGACAGGAACACAUCACAGCAUUCAAAAAGGAGACACAGAAUUCCAGUUUGAAAACAGUCCACAUCUUUUUUUUUCCUUGCCCUAAGUACCUUAUUUCUAUUUAAGACAAGAUUCUUUUUGAUAAGUUGUUCCACUGGUGAUUUUUUUCUUUACUUUAUACAAGGGAAAAGUAGAGCUAAGGGUUUUCUUUAAAAAAAACAAAACAACAACAACAAGGUAACAGAUGGAGAAUAGUUGUAAGUAGCAGUAAUAAGAUGUAAAUCUCCACAUCUGAAUAAAUAACAUUUUGGGCCAUUGAGAUUCAGGGGAAGGAUUCUACCUAAGGCUGGCUUUUGUGUGUUGGCAAAAUCCCAGUCAGCUGGGAAUUCAUUACUGUUUUCUAACCAUCCCAGAGUUUCCCAACUAAUGGAAACUCAAAAUGAUAGACAUCUUCAGUUUGGAAAAAAUCCCAGAGACAUGCAGUUUUGAUUUCACCAUUUCCAGACCCUUCCAGAGUUCUCCAACUGAUAAAAACAUGAAAUUAUAGACAUUCUCAGUUGUCUGGGCUGGUUGGCAAGAUAUUGGGAAACUUUGGAAGGGUUUCUGUUUUCCUGGUGCACCCAACUUUUCUUCGGAGCUCAAUAGUCAUUGAAGAUCAAGAUCAAUAGUUUGCUCUUCUACUUGCUUAGCUCCAGCACACCUGAGUCACAUAGACUGGAAUAUGUAAUCCAUCCAAACAAACACCUGGUGCUUUCCAGAUAUAUUUGACAAAAUCUGAAAUGGCUGGGAAACAGUGAAAUCUCUAAUCAUCUUGGAUUUUCUUAUUUCCAAUGUCUUAUAGACACCUUAGUCGAGCUGUUGCUAAAGUUAUACUCUACUAGAUCACAAUUUGGUUAUGGAACAAUAUGAAUGUUUUCCCUUGUGGCCUCAACAGCCUUUGGCUUUUUUUUUAAAAUUUUUUUAAUAUCAAUAUUUAAUUGAAAUCAAUUACUUAAAUAAGCACUUGUAAAUUUGCUCAGGGUUAAUUUGUAUUUAUUUAAUUUAACAAUAGCAGUUAUUUGUACACUGUAGUGUAUAUGUAUAAAGGCUACAUUACAUUG